AUGCAAUGGACACUGAUUUAUUUAUCGGCUACGGUCGCUACUGCUCUCUCAACCUCCAAACCGCCGCAAAACUCGUUGACAGACGGGUUGGACGUGUUGUAUGAGAGUAACAAGUUGAAUCAGUAUAUAGAAGAUCUGGUCGAUGUGAGCGACAGAACCAAAGCAAGUCUGGGAUUAGCGGCAAACUUGAGGAAAAGAGUGGAUCCCAGUGAAGUGAGCAGCUUCAAUCAGUUCUUCAGAUUCAUCAUCGAGUGAGUUCUUUUGUAUAGCCAUGCAAAUUAAAGUUUUUUUUUGCAAAAUGAAGGUCAAAAAACCUAUUGUGAAAUUCCAAAAAUUACAUUCUUUAAAUUUUUGUUUUCACAAAAUUUUUGCAUUACCAUUCUUUUCCACGAGAAUUGAGAUUUUCCACCAAACUUCUAGUAAAAAAUCGGUCGAAAUUUUGAAAUUUAACAAGUAUAGAUCAGUCUGUCGGGAAAAUAAUGACCAAAGUGUCGCCGCGCACGUCAAGAAAUUGCGGGCCUUGCAAAGGUUCUCACAGCGAAAAAAAAUUCAUAAAACCUGUCAUCCAAAUUGCACAUAACAACAAUUUUUAACCUAAUUUUUUUAAUGGGAACUCUAGGGAGUACUACUAGUCGUAUACAACUGUUUUUUAUACCGCUGGUACAUUCUAAAUGGGUGUCAUCGUGACGCAUUUUCUGAACAUGGUUCGAGCUAGGCUAAAAAUAGUGCAAAUUUCAAGGCCAACUAUCAAAAAAACUGUCCCAUCAAGCGGGACGGGACCGGUGUAGAUACUCGAAGAACAGUUUAAGGAUUUUUUUGACGUGGAGCCUAUACCUCCUUCCAGUGCUCUCUGAGUCGGUAUCGUCGAUACAAACUUUUAUUUAGACGUUGCAUUCUUCGCCAUGGAAAACUGUCAAAAUACUACGAUUAUGGGUAUAUUUUGGUUCUAUUAGCUUAAGCAGCUCUCGAGCUUUCUAUUGGUAUCAAUAUCUUGUGAUUUACUAUUAAUCUUUAUGUCAAAAUAUUGCAAACCAUUUGGACAAAAACGGAUUUGCACAGGGCAGAAUGCCAAAAAAAAUUCUAGGCUUUUUCAUUGGGCGCCCGUUUUUCUUUUAUUUUUUCUUGACGUGCCGCGCAGAUCGCUUUGUUGAAGUGAAAAAAAUUUGAUUUUCCCGCGACACAAUUCUGUUUCUUAGCGACUGUGCGAUUUUCAAUGCGACAGAGUGCUCAUUAUUUCCCCGACAGAUUGACACUCAAUUUUGUUUUUCAAAAUGAAAAUUGCAUUUUCAGAUUCCAAAAGGAGUAUCGUUUUGAGCGUGAGAUAGGCCAAGCAUUUCAACGGUUCAAGGCAGCCGAGGCGAGCAUCAAUGCCGCCAAGAAGAGGAAUCCGCACGCCGAAUUUGGGGUUACAAAGUUCUCGGACCUAUCGACCGAAGAAUUUAUUCAGCAGUAUACUGGAGUUCCGCCUAGUGUUGUCGACAAGUUUAAGGCAGGGAAAACGACCGUUGGAAGUACGGCCAGUGGACAGAAAGACUCUACACUAACGCAUACGAGGGUAACCACUGUAGACGAAUGGAGUUCCGAAAAUCAGACGGAAUGUAAGCAAAUACCAUCUUCUUGAAAGUAACGGUCGGUCGUCGCGCCUUGGCGACAACCCACCACCAUUUUCCCGACGAAAUGAUAGAAGCAUAGUAGGCUAUAUCUUAAUUUUCAGCCAGAUUCAAACGCUCCUCCAACUCAACCGACAGUUCUUUGGCCGCAUUUGACUGGAGACUGUUAGGCGGCGUAACUGAAAUCAAAGAUCAAGGAAAAUGCGCUGCAUCUUACGCUUUUGCAGCAAUCGCUGCAAUUGAAAGCAUUUACACGAUCAAAUUCAAAAAAGCGAUAGAUCUUAGCGAGCAGCAUGCCAUUGCGUGUACUUACAACAACACCGAUUAUGAGAACGACGGAUGCAAUGGGGGAGAUCCGUCGGAAAUUCUGCAGUUCGCCGUCGAUCAAGGUCUUGUAACGGAGAACUCAUGGCCUUAUAAACUUCAGUUCUACAGGAAUGGAAGCAAAAUUGCAAAAUGCAGACAGUUCAAAAAUCAACAAAGAUAUUUCGACUACUUCGAGUUUUUGCCGAUGUACGACGAGGACAGUAUGAAGCAGAAAUUGAUCAGCAAUGGACCGCUUGUUUCGUGUAAGUAGAAGUGCGGUUUGCAUGGGGAGUGCCGCAAAAGAGAAGCUUCGGUUUUGUUAUUAGUCUGUCGGGAAAAUAAUGAGUACUGCGCCAAUCGCGUCGCUGAAGCAAUUUGAUUUUGCCGCGACAGAAUUCAUUUUCUCGGCGGCAAUGCGAUUUUCAGUGCGACAGAGGGCUCAUUAUUUUCCCGAUAGACCGAUACAUCAUAAUCUACCUUGGCUAAGUAGUAAUGGACUCGCAUUUCGCCAAGGCAGUCGAGAUAUUUAGCAAUCUAUUUGAGAUUCUUAGAUCGCGCUUUGCAGAAACGUCAGAAAUUGUUAAGUCAAAAAUUGGCAAAAAUGUGGAAUUUUUUUCCACUGUUUCCAAUAAAAAUCGACUGUUUGCGACACUGGCAAAGAUACGGUCUCUUCGAACCUCUUCAGCUGACAAUUUCAGACAUCGAUGCCACUGACCUUCAGUUCUAUUUGAGUGGAAUUAUUACCGCCAAAUCGAGGGACAUCAACCAUGCCGUUCUGACAGUUGGUCAUGGGCUUGAUGUGAAAGCUGGGCCCUACUGGAUUGCCAAGAAUUCAUGGGGCAAAGAUUUCGGUGAACAAGGAUAUAUCCGUUUCGGUUUGGGCAAAAAUAGCGCCAACAUUGGUGCUUUCAACAUCGAGAUUGUCCCUUAG